AAUCGCGCCAAUUUCAAAUUUCAUUUCUGCUUUGAUCGAUAUGUCGAAGUUAUUUAAUAUAUAUAAGUAUAUAUAUCGUCAUAGAAACGACCUUAUAUUGAAUCCUUUCUUCUAAUGAUUAUUUAAAUUUCCAUAUUGUUCAAGUUUAUUGAAUUGUUCUACUGGUAAUUCGAUUGAAUUAAAAAAUAAAUUUUAUUUCAUAAUGGCUAAAUCUGUAACUGUUUAUGAGAAACCAGUAUCACAUAUAGGAUUAGCCGAUUGGUAUGCUAAGCAAUGGGAACUUCAGCAAAGUGUAGGAAGUAGAACAUCAGAUGCAUUUGAAUUGCGUAGCUCAGGAAGGAUUACUCGAUCCGAAACAAGAGUUAAAACAGAAUGGAAUACAUAUAUGAAUAAUGUCCGAUUAGCAGAUAGGAUAACAGAACUCUCCAGAUGGAAAGAAUUAUUUGAACAUUUACUAGAAAGAUUGCUCUCAGAAAUACGUUUUUUAAAAGAUGAGAAAGCAGACACUGAAAAAGAAAUAGAUAUAUUAAAUUAUCCUUUACAAAUUACUGCUGAAUGUAUUUCAAUGAGAGAUUGUCGUAGAGGAACUGAACUUACUUAUGACGAGGCAGAUACGGAAUUAAAAAAAGAACUUUGUGUUAUCGAAAAUAUUAAAGCUUUUUUAACCGAUAAGGUGCAAGCUGCAUGGGAAAAAUUAAAUUGUUUGGAAGAAGUUAAAUUUAAAAUAAGUUUAGAUAUCGAAGAUAAAAAUGAGACUACUAGAAUUGAUAAAGAAAAUCUCGAAUUGGAUCGUACUUGUGCUAAUAUUAGUUAUAAACCAAAUGCUUUGAAAAAAUCAAAAAAUGAGAUAUCUUACGAAGGUUGGAUAGAAAAUUGUAAUAAUUUGAAAAUCUUGGCUGAUAAUGAAUUAAGCGACGUAUAUAGCUUUCGAGAAGGUAUGCAAGUUAUGCGAGAACGUGCUAGGAACGAUAUAAAAGCUCAACAAGAUGUUACUGAUUUUGCUUUAAGAAAACGAAUAUAUCAAACUCAAAAAGCUCGAAACGAACUUGAAUGGCAGAAAUUAAAGAUGCACAAAGAAAUGGAAAAUUUACAUAAAGAAAUAAUACGUUUAGAAGGCGAAUUUUUACAUAAAACAGACGCAAUAAAAUGUGCCGAAACAAGAUUAGAAAAUCGUAGCUACCGUCCUGGUUUUGAAUUGUGCGAAGAUGAAACACAAAUCGGGUUAAGAAAUGAAGUUUUACAAUUAAAAAAAACUGAAAAUGAAUUAGCUAAAACAAUUGACAACGCAAAAGCAACAUAUAAUGGUUUAGAAUCUUUGCUUCUACGAAUUGAUAGAAAUUUAGAAGAUAAACAGCAUUCGCUCUCAACAGAUAUCAUGUGUUUGGACAUGAGAUCAACAUUGAAAACUGGCGAUAGAACAAGAUUACCCAAUGAAACAGAUCGUAAUAUUAUAUUGACUCGUAUGGAGAAAGAAAUACCAUUGGAAUCAUAAAUUUGGAUCUUACAUGUUGA